UCCCUCCGGAACGUUGCACAAUCGGAAGUGCCUAAACCUGCUGUGUAAUUCGGUUCCUAUGUUUUGUGUGGUUGUGGAUGAAUAUACGAUAAAUUAUAAAACAAAAAGAUCGUGAACUUUUCCAAGAGGGGGAAAAUGCCAGAUUAUUUAGGAACAGACCAGCGUAAGGUGAAGGAGGAAGAGAAAGAAGACAAACCCAUUCGAGCCUUGGAUGAAGGUGACAUUGCCCUUUUGAAGACUUAUGGCCAGAGCACAUACUCAAGACAGAUCAAACAGGUAGAAGAUGAUAUUCAGCAGCUAUUGAAGAAAAUCAAUGAACUUACAGGUAUUAAAGAGUCUGACACUGGUUUGGCUCCACCAGCUCUUUGGGAUUUGGCAGCAGACAAGCAAACUCUUCAAAGUGAGCAGCCGUUGCAAGUAGCAAGAUGCACGAAGAUAAUCAAUGCAGAUUCAGAAGAUCCAAAGUAUAUUAUUAAUGUCAAACAGUUUGCAAAAUUUGUGGUGGAUCUGAGUGACCAGGUAGCUCCUACUGACAUAGAAGAGGGGAUGAGAGUUGGAGUUGACAGAAACAAAUAUCAGAUUCACAUUCCACUUCCACCAAAGAUUGACCCAACUGUGACAAUGAUGCAGGUGGAGGAGAAGCCAGAUGUAACAUACAGUGAUGUUGGUGGUUGUAAAGAACAGAUUGAAAAACUGAGAGAAGUUGUGGAGACGCCUUUGUUGCAUCCUGAAAGAUUUGUAAAUCUUGGUAUCGAGCCACCAAAGGGAGUCCUACUUUUUGGGCCUCCUGGCACUGGAAAAACACUAUGUGCCCGAGCAGUAGCCAACCGGACUGAUGCUUGUUUUAUAAGAGUAAUUGGAUCUGAGCUUGUUCAGAAGUAUGUAGGAGAGGGAGCAAGAAUGGUUCGUGAACUUUUUGAAAUGGCCAGAACUAAAAAAGCAUGUCUUAUAUUCUUUGAUGAAAUUGAUGCAAUAGGAGGAGCUCGUUUUGAUGAUGGGGCUGGUGGUGAUAAUGAAGUCCAGCGUACUAUGCUAGAGCUUAUCAAUCAACUGGAUGGUUUUGACCCCAGAGGAAAUAUUAAAGUUCUUAUGGCAACCAAUCGACCAGACACGUUGGAUCCAGCUCUUAUGCGACCUGGAAGACUUGACAGAAAAAUUGAAUUUAGUUUACCAGACCUUGAGGGCCGAACUCAUAUAUUUCGAAUUCAUGCUCGUUCAAUGAGUGUUGAAAGGGACAUCCGAUUUGAAUUGCUGGCCAGACUUUGCCCCAACAGCACAGGUGCCGAGAUUCGCAGUGUUUGUACUGAAGCAGGGAUGUUCGCUAUUAGAGCUCGCAGGAAGAUUGCUUCUGAGAAGGACUUCCUAGAGGCUGUCAACAAAGUCAUCAAAUCUUACGCAAAGUUCAGUGCUACUCCAAGAUACAUGACUUAUAACUGAGUCGAAUUAUUAUUUUGGUAUGAGGUAUAGGCAUACUUUGUAAUUGUAUUUUGCUGAGGUCAGUAUAUAUGAAAUUACUGUUUUCAUCAAGAGAUAUAAACUGCUAGUAAAAAUUAAAAUUGAAAAAGAUGUCUGUUUUCUAGUGCUCCAUUACUUAAAAUGUAGAUUCUGUGUUUGCCUAGAGUUUGCUAUCGACCCUUAUGGUUUCCUUCCCGUAUUCCAACAGCUCAUGUUGGGUUAAUUGACAAUUCUAAUUUGAACCUGUAUGAGCGAGUCUGUCCACAGGUGGCAUAUUCUUCUUGACCCUGACCUGGAUAAUCAAUUUAGAAAAUGGGUGGCUGGACAGUUAUCUCUCUAGAUCUUUAUAGCUUUUCUGAAAGACAAUUUCACACAUUUUGUUAGAAUUUUUUAUCCAUGUAUCAUUUUUCACAAGACCAACAAUACGUCAUCUGUGCUUUGUUGAAUAUAAUACACCUUUUUAUUUCAGAUAUUUCUACUUGGUUUAUUAUAUAGCACAUCACAACCAUAAUAGCUCCUAUGAAACAGUUUUGUUGGUGAUGAGUCCGUAGCAGAGGUAAAACCAUUAUUGGGCUAGUCACCAAACUCCCUCUAACCACUUACUUUGGUCUUGAGCAUCCCUAAGGCUAUUGACAAAAAGACUUUAAAUGUUACCUCUGGGGUGAUGCUCUGGCUUGCUGCAGAAAUUGAAGGAAGAUGCAGUUAAAUUGAAAGGUUUGUUUUUACAUAAAUGAACCAAAAUACAAUGAGAGAAGCAGGAAGACUGACAAGUUUAAAUGUAAUUGCUAUAAUGAGGUACUAGCAAUGCAGCAGGUAGUCGUUUCAUCUUAAAUGAUUCUGAAAAAAGUCCCUGAUCCAUAACAUGCCAAAUGUCAGUUCAUGCCACUGACUAAUAGUAUGUAUCAACAACAAAGUAUUGUGUAGACCAAGUAAUAAAGUUGAAUUAAGUGUACCCCUAACCCAGUUGUGACCAUGAUUGUGGCUGGUCAUGAAAAUAAACAUAAGUACAAAACAUGGAAGUGUAGGUCGUCUCUUAACUUCACUUAUUUACAGACUUCAUGUUUUUGGGUGCAGCACACUUGAGCCAAUAAUAAUCUGAGAAGUAGAAACAGAUGGAUUAUAUAGUUGGACAUAAGUACAAGAUUAGCAGUGCAUACUCUCCAGGUAAAUCAGCCCCAGAGUUAGAGGUGUCCAUCUGUUUUCAGGACCCAGUAAAAUUGGACAGUGAAUUCAAUACCUCAGAGAGGCUGCAACAUCAGCAACUGCACUACUAUGUCAUGCUAGCUUGCAUCUUGUGAACCUAAAGAUCAGUUUCCAGAUUAAGUUAUGUACAUGGAGAAGCAUUUAGCAACUGUGUAUUGUCUAAAAUUCAAAAACAACAAUAGCUUGUGUGGUUAGUGUGUGAAUCAACAAAAGAUAACGGUCUUUAAAAAUUAUUAAUAGCUGUUCCCUAGCUCUGCACAAACUGUCGAUUCAGGUAAUGUGCAAAAUCUGCUUCUUAUAUAUUUUUAUAUACUUAAUGUAUUAUUUACUAGUGCAUUUGUCUGAACAGAAUUAAAAGAACAAAUACAGUAAAAUAAGAAAGCAGUCUCA